AUGGCUCCUGACAAGAUCAAGUCGAAAGACCUGAGCUACGAGUCCACUCUCCCGCCAUUUCUCCAGCGUCUACAUGACCAAAAGGCCGGACGAGGCGACCAGGACAGGCAUGAGCAGCAGAUUGCUCGUCCCAAGCGGGCAAAGACCCAUGACGACGAAGAUGACCCGACGGUAGUAGAUGAGAGUGGCGAAACCGUCUCCAUGGCUGAGCUCAAGAAAAUGGAGAGCAGAGGAGAGGGAGCGGACGGCGAUGGCAUUGUCACGGGCGAGUUGAAGGACGACGGCGAGCUUCUGGCUUCUGGCGCGCUCCCUGACGAGGAUGCACGGCAGAAGGCUGACCAGAAAGUCACUGACGGCGCUGCUACGAAGAAACGCAAGGUUGCGAAAGUGGUCGGCGAUGACGAUGAGGGCCAGGUUGAGGACGGUGCAAAGAAGAAAGAUGGCGAGCAAGGUGAGCCCGCCACCAAGAAGCCUGCGAAGAAGGCUAAAAAGUCGAAGCCGAUCAAGCUCGCUUUCAACGAUGACGAGGGCUGA